AUGUCUGAUACACCCCUGGCCUCCUUGUCUCUGACACAUGUCCACUAUAACCCGGAGGAUCCCCUGUCCUUUGCAUCAGCAUGGCUCGCCCUUCUGCCCCAGGCGCUCUGCGUCUCAUAUACCACUCUGAUCUGGGCCACCAGGGAAAUUGAAGUGAUCUUCAUGUUUGCAGGACAGUUGGGCUGUGAAGGACUGAAUUUUGUGCUUAAGCGUCUCAUCAAGGAAGAACGUCCAAAGGAAAUGUUCGGCAAGGGCUAUGGAAUGCCCUCCUCACAUGCCCAGUUCAUGACCUUCUUCUCUGUCUAUCUUACCCUUUUCCUCCUCUUCCGACACACUCCCGCCUAUGCGACUUCCUAUCCUUUCUUAGGCACUUUGCUGAGAGCCUUUGUGACUAUGAUCCUUCUCGCUGUUGCAGGUGCAGUUGCUGCUAGCCGUAUCUACCUGAACUAUCACACCACCCGCCAAGUACUAGCGGGCUGUGGAGCUGGUGUGGUGUGUGCCUUUGGCUGGUUCAUCAUCACUGGCUUGCUCCGUCGCUGGGGAUGGGUUGACUGGGCUGUUGAAAUGACAAUUGCGCGUCUACUACGAGUGCGUGAUUUGGUGAUGGAGAUCUCCCAAGAGCCACGCGACGCGACAAUGCCAGAAGAGCAUCAUAUUGUCAUGGCCGAUGAAGUCGAUCAGACAGGAACUGAUAUCUCACCAGUCUCCGAUGACCAGCUGAUGGAGGAGGUUGCGGAGGAAUUGCGACAAGAACAGGUUCAAGACCAAGCUGCUGAAGCUAUACAGACCAUUGAACCGACCAGUACACAGCCCGAAAAGAAUAUAAAACGACCCGAACUACGUCGAGACAAUCCAGUAGCUCCUCCACCGCCACUUCAACCACCCCCGCCAGCCCCGGUGCAGCAAAAUGCGGAACAAGCCACGGAUUCCCUCAGCUUAGCACAGCUGCGCCGACUUGUUCAGGAGAUGCCAAAGGUGGAACAGCCGGCAUAUGCAUUUGAGUAUGCGGACUCACAGGCGUUCCCCGAAGAAUUGGACGAGUGGUUCCAAUACAAUGAUUUCGAUCGUGUCAUGCUGAAGGGCAUGAAAAUGACUUUUGAUCGUCAAUGGAGCAUCUUCUGCCGAAACAAUAACCCACAGGCCCCAGAUUCGUCUUGGGUGGACGCCUCAGACAAUCAGCGUCGCAAAUUCAUGUCACAGUCUCUCGACAAACUUCAAUAUCCAGAGAUAUCGGUACGGAUAGAAGCUUUGGAGAAUCUCUGUUAUGCUGUGACGGGUGUCUGGGGCCUCACUGCUGGUAGACCGACGCCAGACUAUCCCACAAAUCCAGACACGGAGACCGCUGCAGAAUCACCGCGGUCAAAAUCGCUACAGAUUGAAUGGAUUGAAAAGAAUGUUACGCUCAUUCAGCAAUGCGCAGGAAUCCCGUUGCUGGUUAAGAGGCUGUCGGAAUUAUUUGAUCGCACUCGUCACUCACAGACUGAUCAAGAGGGAUCGGAGUUUGACCGACUCCAUCCUGGCGAUAUCCCUGCACCUGAACGUGAAGCCAACCUGGUGCUAACAUUGCUGUAUUUUUCGAUUGAGAUCGGUCGUAGACAGGAGGCUCGGGACCCUCAAUUCACCCUGAUCCGUGAUGCAUUAAGCGAGUCGGACCCCUGCUUGCUGGUUACAAUUGUUGAAAUAAUUGCACGACUCCGAUGGGACGAGACUGCCAAUAUUCCUCUCACUCGCAUUAUUCUACUACUAUGGAAGUCUUUGCUUCUGGUCUUUGGUGGCAGUGCCCAAUUGAAGAAAACCAAGGACCUAUUGGAGCCAUCUAAGUUCCCUGAUGAGGAUUCCAACAAUCGCAGAGGGCCGUUCUUACAUGCGUCUCCACUGGACUACCACCUUUUCCGCCAGGAAAUUACAUCCAAAUACCCUGCUUACAACCCUCCACCACCUAUUGUUCCUCUGGAGCUGGAAAACAAUUCUAUCCUACCUCCUUUCCCACAGCAUCCUGCCAGGGGUAACACCUCCAGUGGUCUGUUUAGUGGAGUCGGACCGUCUAUCGCUGGCGGAAAUGGUUCAAUUCUCCAACAAGCUGUUCAUAUUGCAACCCCAGCACCCUCUCCGCCUCCAUCACCAGGUGGCCCUGGAGGCAAAGGCGGCAAGAAGCAAAAUUACCAAACCAACCAGAACUUCCCCCUGAUGUACCCUCCUUUAGAUGACACCAGCAAUAAAAUUGGGGGCAAAGGUACGACUGAACGGCAAGAUGUUUUGGUUGGAAAGCGGUGGGAAGGCAGCGAUGUUCCUGCGUCAAUUAUCGAGGCUGGCCGACUGUUCUCUACUCACGUCAAAAUGGCUCGGGCGAUGAGACAGCUGUGGGAGGAGCGUGAAAACUUCAUGAAGUACGACCGAGGCUGGAACCUAUCGCCUGAAGAUUUACGUGACGAGUUGGAUCAAUUAAAUAUGUCUUCCGACUCUGGUGCUUCGGGGGCCAAGAAGUCGACAAAGGAAACAGAUGAUCAAGACACCCAACGACGACUGGAUGCCGUAGAAGGCUUUUAUUCUCAAACACUGGUUCACCUCCAGUCAAUUACGAUUGUCUUUUUGAAGAUAAUUCUGACCAACGUCAGUGCUGUGGUGAAUCAGGCGACUUCUCAAACUAUGGGCAAUGGGCACGGUCUUGAUGGGUCCUCAACGGAGUUUUUCUCUGACUCCUCUGUCGACGAGCUUGAUAACAUCAGGCUGCGCGAGAUCACCUCGAAAGCCGUUUCUGGCACUUUACUUCUUCUCGUGAAAUGGUUUAAGCGAUCUCACGUCUUAAAGUUCGAGUAUAUGACACAGCUUUUACUGGAUUCGAACUAUCUGCCAUUGAUUCUGAAGAUGUUUGCUCAUCAAGAUGUGGAUCAAACAGUGGCUCAAAAGAACGACCGUGAUGAUCUAUCUUUCUUCCAUUUCUGCCGCGAGAAUACCGAUCAUCGAUCAGAUAUCGAUGAGCCUGACUGUGGAGAUACCGAAAGCGAAGAUGAAGCCGCGCCGCCACCAAUCUCCCGAAAUCGCCCUCAUCUGUACCGCGCAGAUACCUCAGUGCGUAACCUUUCGCACGAGGAAAACAUCGCCGGGUCAAAUGGCCCUGCUCGGCCCGAAGUCGAUGAACUAGGCUAUCCUACUGCCCCUCCCCCGAAGGAGCCGAUAACCGUCUUCUCAUUCCGCAAUUUCUUCUCUGCUAUCAAUUACCUUCACAUUAUGCAAAAGAUCACGCGUGACAAGGCACACCGCUGCUUGCUUCUUGUGCAGUACAAAUCUAGCACUAUCCUCCGAAAGGGCCUCAAGAUUCCUGACCCCUACCUCCGAUUCUAUACACUCAAGCUCUUCAAAUCGCAAGUGCCAUACUGUGGCCGAAAGUGGCGACAGAGUAACAUGCGCGUUAUCACCGCCAUUUACCUGUACUGCAAACCCGAACUUCGGGACGACUGGCUCGCAGGUUCGGAUGUCGAAGGUGACGUCGAAGUGGCCUUGCCACUGGAACAGGCUCUUCGAGGACUGACACACUGGUGGCAUUUGCGCCAGUACAAGGGCGUGAUGGGUGGGCGUGAAGGUACCACCAUUAUGGAAGAGGAGCGUGAUUUCUUCGUUCGUGAACUGGAGUCGAUGGGCUGGGGAUUUACUGAUGACAUGGUUGGAGAUGACUCGGAUAUGAGUAACCCCGUGAUGAAUGGAACGGAGUGGGAUGGUGGAUUGCAGACGGAGGGCUGGUCAUGA